AUGGUAGAUUUAAACAAACGAGCUUUUUGGCAUUUUACAUUUAAAGACAUAUUAACUAUUCUAUGUUCAGCUGCUAUACCCAUAGCUCUUGCUAUUUAUACUGCAAUUGGAUCUCAACAACAAAAACAGGAAGCUGAAAAAACACGACAGUUUGAUCUGGAACAAUCAAGAGAAUUAAGACAACAAACACUUUAUGAUGAAUUUAUAAAUAAUAUUUUGAAAUUGGAUAAUUAUGGUUAUCUUAAAGAGAAAAAAAAUCCAUGGGCAUUUGCAAAUGCAUAUUAUCGUGCUGCUCAUCGUCAAUGGGAUACAACACGUAAAGCAGAUGUUUUACAAUUUCUUAAAGAAAAACAAUUAAUUGGUAGAAACAGUUGUACUAAUGGAUGUAGAGCAACAAAACUAGAUGAUAUAAUUCGUUUGAGUAAGUUAAACUUUGAUAAUGUACAUCUAGCAAGUCAAACUGGUGCAUUACAUCAGUUGGAUUUAGAAUGUGUUUCUUUUAAUGAAAUAUCAAUGUCAAAUGCAGUAUUUUCAUCUGCUAAUUUAAAUGGUGCAUCAUUUGAUGGAGCACGAUUAGAUCAGGUGAAAUUUCAUGGUUCAUCUUUACUUUGUGCUAGUUUUAAUGGUGCAAAUUUAUCGGGAGCAGAUUUUAGAAACUCUGAUCUGACAGGUGCGCAGUUUUUAAAUAGUGAUUUGUCGAACGCUAAAUUAACUGAAAAUCAAAUGAAACAGGCAUCUUUUGAUAAUGUAACUAUGCCAAACGGAGAGAAGAGUGAAAAUACGGUAUCAAUCACAACAAAAAAACCUAUAACACAAACAACAAGAACAACAACAACAUCAAUCGCUUGUAAUACUACAUUUCAUAAUCAAACUAUUUAUUCACUUGGUUUAAGCCCAUAUGCAGCAGCAGUAGCUGAUGUGAACAACGAUAAUAAACCCGAUAUUGUUACUGCAAAUAGAUAUUCGGACACCGUCAGUGUUCUUCUCAACAGAGGCAACAACAUUUUUUCUCCUCCAACUAUUUACUCAGUUGGUACACGGCCAUCGACAGUAGCAAUAGUCGAUGUGAACGACGACAAUAAAUCCGAUAUUAUCACUACAAAUUAUGAUUCAAACACCAUCAGUGUUCUUCUCAAUAUAAAUGACGGCACUUUUUCUCCUGAAACUACUUAUGCAGUUGAUGUAAAUCCAGAGUCAAUAGCAGUAGCCGAUGUGAACAGCGACAACAAACCGGAUAUUGUUACUGCAAAUUUCCUUUCAAAUACCACCAGUGUUCUUCUCAGCAGAGGCAAUGGUACCUUUUCUCCUCAAACUACUUACGCAGUUGGUGGAAAUCCAGCGGCAGUAGCUGUAGCUGAUGUGAAUAGCGACGGCCAACCUGAUAUUGUUACUACAAAUACGGCUUCAAACACUGUCAGUGUUCUUCUCAACAUAGGCAAUGGUACUUUUUCUCCUCAAACUACUUACGCAGUUGGUGCAUAUUCAGCGGCAGUAGCUGUAGUCGAUGUGAACAGCGACAAUAAACCCGAUAUUGUCACUGCAAAUACGUAUUCACACACCACCAGUGUUCUUCUCAACAAAGGCAAUGGCACUUUUUCUCCUCAAGUUACCUACUCAGUUGGUUCAGGCCCAUUCGCAGUAGCUGUAGCCGAUGUGAACAGCGACAGUAAACCUGAUAUUGUCACUGCAAAUAAAAAUCCAGGCACCGUCAGUUUGCUUCUUAACACAGGCAAUGGCACUUUUUCGCCUCAAAUUAGUUACUCAGUUGGCGUAAGUCCACAAUCAGUAGCAAUAGCCGAUGUGAACGGUGACAACAAGCCCGAUAUUAUCGCCGCAAACUAUGGUGGAAACACCGUCAGUGUUCUCCUUCACUGUUAA